AUGUUGAGGCAAGGGAUACCUCAUCGUGGAAUUAUGUUCAACUUUAUGAAUGGAUAUGUGGGACACAACAUUCCUGCAAUUGGUGCAUCCUUGGAUACAAGGCAAUUUCCCCACAUCUUAAUGCAGAAUCCAUACCAACAGAAGGAAAUUCAACAAAUGAAUUAUGGAGACAAAGAUUAUGAAUUUCAAUAUGAGCAAGGACAAUCAAGUGAAUCUCAACAGAUGCAACAACCAUGUCAAUUGGAAGAUUACUGCCAAGGACAAGACGAGGAUGUGCUGCCUCAAAGCCAAGAGCCAUGUAUUGAGGAUCCAAACAUCGAGGAAUCAGGAACUGAUGAGCGAAGUGAUAAAGAUAUAUUUAUCGAUUAA